CCAGAUUUACAAGUAGAAACGCAACAUGCUCUUACCAUCUUUAAUGUUUAUUAAAAUGUAACAAAAAUGAUUUAACAAAUCCACAAUGUAGUCGCGUAUAACUAACGGCAAAAACGUGUUGAAAUGUGUUCACACGUAUUCACUUACACAUUCGUAUUUAGUUCAUGCCAGGUACGAGGUCUUAUAGAAGGCGCCACUAACGCUGGUACCACCGGGUCCCAUAGAAUUUAUAUGGCAGUUUGGUGGCCCUGGUUGUCACUCGGCGGCAGAUAAGCUGGAUAUCUCGCAUCGUUGAACAAUUAAAAAUUUAUUGAUCCUUCAGGAAAAAAAUAAGAGUAAACAAAAGAUGGAUUUUCUAGAGUAUCUGGAUGUUUUCGCUGAGGUUAAAGGAGCUAUGACACCAGGCAGAUUAAAAUUAACUGAUCAGCAUUUGAUCUUUAAAAAUCAAAAAACCGGAAAAGUAGAACAAAUACCCGCUAGCCAUGGAGAUGGUAAAUUAUCAGAAAUUUAUUGGAACCUGAGGUUUGCAUAUCUUUCUGAAAAAUGGUACUUUACAUCGUUUCAAAGGAUUCAAAGAAGCUGAUCAGGAAAAAAUCGCAAAGUUCUUUUCUGUUACAAAAAGGACAUGUUAGAGAAGGAAUUAAGUCUGAAAGUGUAACAGGAAAAAACGAAGUAACUUUAGAAUUUCAUCAGAACGAUGACGCCCCAGUCAGUCUGAUGGAGAUGAGAUUUCAUAUUCCUGUCAGUGAUAGUGCUGAUCAAGAUCCUGUGGAAGCGUUCCAUCAACAAGUGAUGGACAAGGCAUCUGUAAUUAGUGUGAGUGGCGAUGCUAUAGCCAUAUUCAGAGAGAUUUAUUGUUUGACGCCACGUGGUCGUUACGACAUCAAAAUCUUUCAAUCAUUCUUUCAACUGCACGGUAAAACGUUUGAUUACAAAAUUCCGAUAUCGACUGUCUUGAGAUUGUUCUUAUUGCCACACAAAGAUAGCAGACAAAUGUUCUUUGUCGUACGCCUGGAUCCUCCUAUAAAGCAGGGUCAAACACGUUAUCACUAUUUGGUGUUCCUAUUCAAUCAGGAGGAAGAGACAUCUAUUGACUUGCCGUUUACUGAGAAAGAAUUAAAAGAGAAAUACGAGGAUAAACUCACGAAAGAAUUGUCGGGACCAACAUACGAAGUGCUCAGCAAGGUAAUGAAAGUAAUUAUCAAUCGAAAGCUGACCGGACCCGGACACUUUGUCGGUCACAGUGGAGCUCCUGCGAUUAGCUGUUCUUUCAAAGCAGCGGCGGGAUUGUUGUAUCCGCUUGAACGAGGUUUUAUCUACGUGCACAAGCCGCCGAUACAUAUUCGUUUUGAGGAAAUAGCUUCGGUGAACUUUGCGCGUGGCGGCGGUUCGACCAGAUCUUUCGAUUUCGAGGUCGAGCUUACGAGCGGCGUGGUGCAUACUUUCAGCAGCAUCGAGAAAGAAGAGUACAAUAAACUGCUCGAUUUCAUGAUAGCGAAGAAACUCCGUGUCAAAAAUCGCGGCAAAGCCGACAAGCUAAAUUACAACGACGACUUCAGUGACAGCGAUCAGGAAGAUGAGCCGGAUGCUUACUUGGCGCGUGUCAAGGCGGAGGCGCAAGAGCGCGACAAUGACAAUCAAGACUCUGAGGACGCUUUGAUUGAUGAAGAUUUCAAACCGAAUCAAGAGGAAAGUGACGUUGCUGAAGAAUACGAUAGCUAUCCGAAUACUACCGAUAGCGACGAAGGUUCAGACGCUUCUGCAGCUAGUCAUAAAAAAGAGAAGAAAGAGAAGAAGGAAAAGAAGUCCAAGUCGGCGAAAACGGUGUCGGAGAAGCCACGAAGAUCGAGGAAACGUAAGGAAAGAGUCGCGAACAAGCCAAAGAGGCCACCGACGGCAUUCAUGUUCGUCUUCUUCUUCUUUGCAUAAAUGGCGCACGCCCCUGCACGUGAGGAGCAAAAGCCAGUCUGAGACAACUUGAAUGAAACGCGAUACUAGGAAUUUUAUUUUAAGUGCUACAUCACUGGGGAAAAGGAACAGGUGUAAUAAAGUUGGAGAGUGGUUACAACUUCUGCAGGAAAGGUUUAUAUAUUAAUGUUGGUAAUGUUGACGAACGAAAGAAGAGCGUACAUAGCGCGAAAACAUUUGGAAAAGGCGACCUCCUCUACACAGUAGGGAGGGCUAAAGCCAUUAUGAAAUAAGUCAUUGAUUAGAUUAUCAGACUGAAUUUUGUACAUAAGACAUUGAAAGAAAACAUGGUUAAUGUCUUGUGUUGGAUGGCCACAUGAGCACUUCGAGGAGGCCACUAUGCCCUUUUCCUUUAAGUGAGCAUUGACUGCUGUAUGAUGUGAGCGCACUCUGACGCAAGUGUGACUAAGGGACGAGGUAGAAUUUUCUUUUUCUUUACUUUGUUGAACCAUGGUUUACCCAAGGGUACGGGCUUUCUCUGGAAGUACACAGCUCCCUUUACAGUUGCUUUGUCGAGAAGAUGUCUCCUGGCCCUGUCCAACACGUCCAACCGAAGGGCGGGGAAUAGCGAGGAGACAUUCAGUUCACCUUCAAAGCGAAGUUCAGAGAGAGUCAAAGAGAGUUUAGCGUACUUAUCUGCCCUUUCGUUGCCACUUACGCUGCAGUCCAGGGACCCACAUCAACACCACCGACACGCCAGCACUUUUUAGUUCCAGUACUAGCUCUUUUAUUCGAUAGAUCAGAGGAGAGAGCGUGUACCCUUAGGGUCGGCUGACCCGGAACAAGAGAUUACGCUGAGAGAGUCAGAGGCUAUCACAAACUUUGUAAAACCAAAAUCUUUUUGGUACUCCAGGGCACAGACAAUGCCAUGGGCCUCCGCAUCAAAGAUGGUAGAGUUGUUAUUUACACGUUCGUAGUGGACGAGUUCGGGAUCUUCAGAGACUACAGCAAAACCAACUGCAGGUGGUGUCUCAUUCGAGCCCGGGGACCGAGACCCGUUGGUGAAGAACACCCUAGAGAUGCCGCGGUUUCUAAAGUAGUCACUGAGAUACUGUUGUGGGUCUUCGGCCUGACGUGCAAGGAACCCUGUGUCAGUAUCCACCUCACACUCAAAGAACCUGACAUGGUACGGGAGGGCAAGGCUCCCCGGGAAUGAGAACUUUUUAACAUUCUUAACAAGGUGUUGAAGUUCUUGGUACACGGAGAAGAGUCCGAACUUAUUUCCUGCACAAAUAGGUUCCCACGUCCCACAGGUGUCACUCAGUAGCCGUCCCAACGGGUGGCUGGACCUCGCAUAGACUCUUCUACACACAUACUUACUAACGAGAUAUCUGUGUCUACACUGUAAGAGUUGUUCGCCAAUAAUGUCGAGUAACACAUUGGUCGGAGUUGUGCGCAUGAGACCACAAACUACCUUAGCACAAGCAAACUGUAAGCGGUCCAACACGACGUUCUCACGUGUCCCAAGAGGGAAGGUUACCUAGCAGCCCCAUUCUAAAACGGCGCCAGUCCCUUGUAUGCAGUUAGCAAGACAGCGGGUUCCCCACUUUAUUUCUGCCAGUACUUUAAGGAUGUUGAUGCGAGGAAGAACUCUUUUUCUUGUUUCAACUACAUGUUUUUUCCACGAGAGAGAAUAAUCGAUGUGGAUUCCAAGAAACCUUACUGUCCACUCUAUGUUUAGUUUAACCCCACCUAUGUGGACAUUUACUCUUUUCUUUUUUAAGAGCCACUUCAUGUUUCUUAAAGGGCAGAGUGAAUAGAAGGUGGCUAAAGAUUUACUAGGUGAGAUUCGAAGACCAAGAGAGGUUAAGUGGGACUGUACUCGGUCCAAGGCCACAUUCAGUUUCUGAGCGACAACCGACACUGAAGGGUUCGAACAGAAGAUCACUAUGUCGUCGGCGUAUAUAAAAGCUUUAGCGGCUGCGGGUAGGCAGGACUCGACCAGGGAUACAUAAAUGUUAAACAGUAUGGGUCUUAAGACAGACCCUUGAAGUAGUUCUGGACUUGUAUUGCGGGUCUGAACAUAAGUGCCAGAAGCGUACCCUUUCAACCUUCUGAAACUCACCACUGAGGCCAAGAAAGCUAACAUUUUGGGAGGAAUACCAAAAGAAGGCAGCAUGGCCAGCAGUGUGUCAGGCACGACAUUAUUGAAGGCCCCUUCAAUAUCAAGAAACAGCUCCAGUUACUUGACGGGUGUUAUUGGCGACCUUUAUACUAGACACAAGCAUAGUUAAGUUGUCUGUACAGGAGAAUCCCCGUCUAAAAUCAAACUGAUGAGGGGAAAGAAUAUUAUUAUUCUCAAUCCACCAUUCCAGUCAACGACACAUAACUUUCUCCAUUAUCUUAAAAAGGUUGUUAGCUAAAGAUAUUGGUCUAUAAGCGCCUUUGCAUCCCGGCUUUGGGAUAAAGAUGACAAAAUAGUCCCUCCACGAGGUUGGAUAAAUCUGCCUGGAAAACAUUAAAUUAAGGAGCUUAAUUAUAUACAUAUGAAGCACAGGAGGGAACUGAGAAAUAAUGAAAUUUGUGAUAAGAUUUGGUCCUGGAGCCGACCGGAUCUUAAGCGACUUUAUCACCGAGAAAUAUUCCGCGGGCGUGAUCUGGCUAUCCAGGUAUUCAUUAUUGAGGUUGGAGUUUAGAGGAUUUAGUGAAGAUUGGAAUGGUCCGGAGGAGAGGGUAGUCCACAGAAGCAAUUUUGUCAAAGGCCUUCCGAAAACUCUUUAAGUCGAGGCAGUUUCUAUUGCCUUCAUCUCUUGGCUUGUUACGAGCACAAGAGAAAGCUUUGACAGUACUCCACACAGACCCAACGUCAGAGUUGGCGUGUAGGGAACCGCAGUAUUUACGAAAAGCUAGGCGUUUCUUUUUCCUUAGGGCUUUAGACACCUCAUUUGCAACUCGACAGUAGUUAUCUAAAUUGUUUAUAUUAGGGUGUGAACGGAACUGUGCAAAUGCGGCCUUUUUGCGGGAGUAAAUGUCACAGCAGGAGGCAUCUCACCAAGGCGUGGGAGGCUUUCUAGAGACCCUCGAGGUGGUUGUACGGAUAGCUCCUGCCUGUAGGAGGGAGUCAUCAACGAGAGUCACUAGUUUGAAAUAAGCAAAGUUUACAUCUUCUGUAGGACUUAGCGGAGGGAGAGAGUUCACCCCUUCUUGGCACUUGGUUUGAAAUUCUUUCCAACACACUUGUUUUAUAGAAUAGUAGAUCCGACACGGAAUGCGACCAGAGAAUCUGUCAGAGAUAGCGGUGACCACAGGGAAAUUGUCACUUCCAUAAUGAUAGUCACACACGUUCCAGGUACACUGAGGGGCAAGAGUGUCGGAAACUAUAGUGAGGUCUAUCGCAGAAAACCUAGAAAGGUUUGCGGAGAACCAUGUGUUACUGCCAUUGUUGAGGACUACCCAAGGGGAGUUGAUUAGCGCGUGCUCUAAAUUCUUUCCUUCUCUAUUAGAGAGAGGAGGUGUAGUGCACCACAGGGGGCUUUUCCCGUUAAAGUCGCCACAAAUAAUAGCUGGUUGGAGUUUAGAGCUGAAAAGGAAGAAAUUCUGUCAAAAGUAAAGUGCCGUGUAGUUUGAAGAGGAUCUAGGAGGACUAUACAGCGAGAAAAAACGUAAAGGGUUUAAGAGUUCGGAAGGAACAGUUCUACAACUGCGAGUUCAACGCAGUUUUCUUUGCAUAAAUCUAUUAGCUGUGGGAUUUCCGGAACACGGAAUUUAAUGUGUUUCGCUAUUGCAAUGGCAACUUUACCACCCCUACGAUUGCGAUCGUGCGACACGAUUUCAUGAUUUGGUAGGGUGAUUAUGGAGUUACCAUCGAGGUAUGUUUCACAGAAUGUCGCUACCUCCGCCUUGUAGUCUUGGAGUAGCAGACGGGUCGCGUCUAGAUUGCGGACCAAAGAUCUGCAGUUUCACUAGACUACAGUAAAAGAUUUCAUGUCGUUAUACAUUUAGUAAUAUACGAAGCUUUAACUAUGUGGUUCCUGAGUACCAUAUAGGUACUUUUGUAUUUUUACAAUAUUUUUCAUGUCCGUGUUGCUAAGCUGCGAAGGGUUUAUGUUAGGAGUAACUUUUAAUUUCUGGAAGGCAGUGAUGAAGAACUCUUUAUCCGAAGAAAGUUUGGAAGAUUCAUCCUCAGAGGAGUUGCUGCCAGAAGAUAUUUUCUGAACGAUAGAAUCUAUGAGUGAGUGAUUGAGUGAAGAUCUUUUAUUUAAGGACGAGGAGGAGGAGACUAUCCCUCCGUUGUUGUUUCUCUACUCAGGUGAAAAACGUACUGAGGGGAGAGGGAGCUUUAGAGAAGUAACUUCUGCAUAAGAGAGAUUAGAAGUGGGUGAAGAGUUGUACAGAGGGCUGCCCGAACCUUCAGGGGAAGGGAUAGACCCAACCCGAGGGGAAGGCACUCUCGGACUCACUCUGGACGGUCUCAAAGACACAGGAGAGCUUUUCUUCCCCCUGAAAACUGAAAGACAUCUCUAUUAGGGAAGAAUUCACCGAGUGUGGGAAAGGGGGACUGAGACAUUAGACAGGUUGGAAUCCAGUCCAGAAAGGAUGUUUCCUUUGUCAUACAGACUAGCAUCACGCAUCACGGAAGGAGAGAUCUCUAUAGGCCAUUAUUUUGUGUAUCUCUCGUUGCCUCUGGAAAACAGGGCAACGGAGUUCUGAAGACUGAUGAUUGACAUUUCCAGUCUUAAAGCGGAUGCAAUUUAUGCAUUCGUCAAGAACAUUGAGGCAGUUAGGUUUGGAGUGGCCCGACUUGCCGCACUUUUUCGCAAAACCUGCGUCUUUCGUCACCGGACUGUUUAUAUGAAUGAACAGUGUGUCCGAACCUUUGGCAGAAUUCACAACGUCUAACCUUAUACACGUAAGGUGUUAAAGAGAGACGUUUCCUUACAUACAAACAUGACGGAGGAACCACAGGGGUGCGAAACCUUAGGAUGAGUUGAUUUGUGCUGACAUACCUAGGGCUGGAGGUGGCGCUUCUCUUCUCUCUACGUGUGAUUCUAACUGCCUCAAAAGGAGGAACCCACUCCUAGCCCCACCCAGGGAGAUAGCAAAGACCGGCCAACAACUCCUCGACAGUUUUUUCUUCGUCAACGCCCUUCAAAACAAACUGUUUAACCACCCUGAACGAUGGGAUAUGUGCUGUCCACUGUUCGCAGGAGGUUAUUCUAUCUGUGACUUCCCGGAAGGCCUCGACAAACCGGUUAGCAUCACUACCUGUGGGGAAGCAGACCGAAAACUUAUUCCUGCCAAUCAAACGUAAGUAUGCACAAUCGAAAGCAUGCACAAACUGAUUUAAAAGAAGACGAUUGAGCCUCUUGCAGGCCAAUGGCGCUAAGCGAAGUUCCUUUUUUACCUGUGCUACGUUCUUUCUCGGGGCCAUCUCCUCCCGUAGAGGGAGGUUGUGGACGGCACGUUUCGACGUGUACCAUAAACGGGCCCUUGGAGUCCUUGUAAUAUCUAUUGAGUAGCAGCUGUCUUUGUAGCCAUCGCUAAAAAAGCACGCUUGAGGGGGGGGGGUUGGGCUAACGCCAUCCUUUUUCCUCGAAGGUUUUUUCCCCACGGACUCCGUGAACGCGAAAGAGCACGAGGGGGUAUUUACUAAAGACACGUUACGUGUUCCGCGGCCACCACUUGGCACCGCAGCAACAGUCUCUAACAUGACUACAUCGACCUUUUCACUGGUCAUCUUCGUAAUUCUAACACAAAUAUGUUUCACUGUGUCUAAAAUGCACUACACUAACACACGUACAAAAGUUUUCAAUAACAGUUAAACCUGAUUAGAAAGGUUUUAACGCACAAAAGUUUUCAAUUGCACUUUAGAAAAAAGGCAAGAUGGCGUCCUCGUGGACGUAUCCACAGGUCGUCAACCCGUAAGGCCGCCGUUGUCGUGAAAACGACAGAUUUGGUGGAAAACUUAAAACCCAGAGAUCUGAGCUUUACUUACAGCAGAAAAUCCAAAUAUUUUCGCUAUGUCUACGUAACUCAGAUCAAGGAACAGGAAGCUAAAAGGGACUGGGAUACACAGGAGAUGUAGCUCGUGCGCAGUCUCAGAGCGGAAUCGACGGCAUUCAUGCUUUGGAUUACCAGUGCUGUUACGUGCCGGAUAGCCACGUAAUUAGACAAAAGAAUAUGCAGGAUACUUUCUGUGAGGUGCUUUAUUAAUGUGAGAGGUAGUGUUGCUUGUCUGAGCUGCAAACGAGAACUGACUUGUCUUAAACUAAAACGUGUGAGCUAGACCUUUGUUCCUGGGGCGUAAUAUUUGUCUUUUAGUGAGUCAUAGAUUCAUGCAACGGGCGACGAAGAAAUUUAGGGAGAGGGUUUGUAAGGAGAGGAAGUUUAUCGGGCUGUAUUUAUUAGUUUAUGAUUUCGGCGGGUCGUAUGUGUCAACAAAGGAAGUAGAUAAAAUCGUAACUUGAGCGGCGACAGGGAUCGCGGCACGUAACAUCUCCCCCCUUUGGAAUAAAGAUCUUUCUCAAAGAGAAAAUAAAAAGUACAAACUAAUACAAAAAUACAAAAUCUAAAAUAUAUCUAGAGUUACUUAUUAGCCUAAAGUUUUAACACUGUUUUAUGCUUUUGACAUUCGCAUACAGUAGUUCUUAUACUAAAAACAUUAAUUUAUACAACAAUUACAUUUAGGUAAUACAAAAAUAUUUGCUUAUAAUUUAUUUUGCUAGCGUUUACAUUUUUGUAAGUCGAUAGUUACGAGAACGGGAUCGUCGAGUCCCAUUAUUUCGGUUUUCUUCUCUUUCGGUACGUCGAGGAGAUUCGUUGCCGUCGGUAGGCACGCGUGUAAAUGUAACUUCGCGAUGUGUAGUUGUCGGGUGUUCAGUGUGGAUAACGUUGUUAUUAAAACAAUUAUUAAAAUAUUGGACGCAGCCUUCUUUAGGUAUACAACACAAUUUAAGAAUGUGAAUGAGCUUACUAAGUAGCGAACAUUUUGCGGUUACGUAGAUAAUAACUAGCGCUAUAAUAGUAUAUACUACAUAAUAAAACCUG